UUUCUCACUGGCAGCUUUGCAGAGACGGCGGAACGAUGCUCUCAGGGCACGGCCUUUUUAAUCUUCAGUAAAUUUGUUGGGCCGUUUGUAGAUUUAGCGUUGUAAAAAUUUUUAAUUCUUUAGGUGCUACUUAAACUCAUGUAUUCAGAACUCACAAUGAAACUAGUUUCAUAUGUAGUUCAAAGUUUUCGCGUGGCCAAAGUAUUUAGUGAAAAUUCUGAUCGCAUUAAUAGCGUUGAUUUUUCUUCUGAUGGUAAUACUUUGAUUUCAAGUAGUGAUGACGAUUCCAUUGUGAUAUAUGACUGUGAGAAAGGAACUCACAAGAGAACUCUUCACAGUAAGAAGUAUGGGGCAGAUCUUGUACGCUUUACUCAUACUGAGAAUUCAGCAGUUCAUAGUUCUACAAAAAUUGAUGAUACCAUCCGAUACUUAUCUCUUCACGACAAUAAAUAUAUUAGAUAUUUCUCGGGACAUUCAAAGAAAGUGUUAUCUCUCUCCAUGUCUCCUGUAGAUGAUUUGCUACUUUCAGGUUCUUUAGACAAAACAGUGAGACUUUGGGAUCUUAGAUCUCCUAAUUGCCAGGGAUUAAUUACUCAAUCCGAUCGGCCUGUUGCUAGCUUUGAUCCUGAAGGCUUAAUUUUUGCUGUUGCAAAUAGUACUGAAGAUGUGAGAUUAUAUGAUUUGAGAUCUUUUGAUAAGGGACCUUUUAACACCUUUGCUCCUAUAAAAGAAAAAGAUAGUGAUUGGACUGACUUAAAAUUUAGUCCUAAUGGUAAAAUGCUUUUAAUUUCCACAAAUGGAUCUAUUAUACAUCUUUUAGAUGCAUAUAAUGGAAAGCCUAUUACGUCAUUUUCUAGCCGUCUAAAUAGCAAAGGUAUUCCUUUAGAAGCUUCAUUUAGUCCUGAUUCACAGUUUAUUUUUUCAGGUUCAACUGAUGGGGCUAUUCAUGUCUGGAAUUCUGAUACUGGUUUGCGUACUGCUCUAUUACAGUGUGGCCAUAGUAAUCCUGUGCACUGUGUGCAGUUUAAUCCAAAAUAUAUGAUGUUGGUCUCUGCAUCUAAUCAGAUGGCGUUUUGGUUGCCAUCAAUGCCAGAUGAUGAACUGUGAUACUUCUCGUGAAGUUCAGGAAGAAGAGGAGGGAGUUCAUUUGUCACAUACUCUAAAUAAACUGUGAUACCUUAAAACCAUGAUGUGAAAUUUUUAGUCAUAUAUAUCAUGUUAAGACAGUCUCAGACUUGGCACUUUUUUCUUUUACUUUAUGUGCUGUUUUAUAUUGUGUUGUGUUGUAAGUGCUGUAUGAAAAAUCAUUUCAAGGUAAUAAUUUAUCUCUACUAAAGAAAUUCAACCAAAGGAAUUUUUUGUACAUAUGUCUUGUUAAUGAAAUAUGUAACACUAUCAUAAAUAUCUAUCUACAAUCAAGUCAUUGACAUUCAUUGUAUAUGUAUAAUAAAAAUCUCAACUUUAUAGUGCCUAUGAAUUAUGAGCUAUUUCUAAUGUUGAAUUUUUCGCUUAUGGUGCUGUUUUGCUUGUAUCGAAACAGCUGUUCCUUUUUACAGAUUCGCACAACAUUUUACUUUUCAAGGUCUUUGAACCUAACGGGUAUGGCAGCUGAGACUGAAAAAAGGGGGGGGAAUAAUUAGUACGAUGAGCAAAUUUUCUUACGUUAAUGUUAUGUUUCAAAGUGUUUUUUGUAAUUUUGGGGUAUAGACUUAAUUUUCCCCCCAGAUUCUGUAAAAUGUAUAAUAGGCAUAUAUUUUUUCCCAUGUCCUAUUUUAUGUUUUGUUAGCAUUUAGUGUUAAUGUUAGAUUCAUGAACACUACUUAAAGUUUUCCUUAAAUAUUGCUGUUACUACCAUAGGGAUAGAAUCGUAUGAAGACUUUAAAUAUGCAGGUCAGUCUCUUCCGUGCUGUCGUGGUCUUUGGUAUUUUGUAUGCAUAAUCAAGUUAAAUGCUGAAAGGGCGUUUUUAGUUAAUUAACAGAAGAGACUAGCAAAAAAUUCAAAUAAUAUGUAUAUUAAGAAUUUUAUAAGCGAUGUGUGAAAUAUAAUCCUGUGGUGUAAUUCAGACCAAAUUUAACUAUUAAGAUUAUUGAAUUAUCAAAUUUCAAAGUUAAUGUAAAAUAAAACAUUAUUUAUGAAUGUUUUAAUAGAUGUAAAUAAUAUGAAUUUCUCAUUAUUUAUGAGAAUGUCAAAGAAUUUUCAUUUGAAAGAGUUUUAAUGUCUUAAUGUGAGAAUAUGCCUCAGUGUCUUUGCUUUGUGAUAUAUUUUAGCAAUCACUGCUAAAGUAAAAUCAAAUAAGCAAUAACUCAGGAUAAUAUUAUUUUGAAAUAUUAUUUGCAGAACUCGUUUCAUAAUUACUUAAUUGUAGUUUUUUAAAUACUUAACUUAAUUUAAUCUGAAAAUAACUUUUCAAUGUAGUGAAUUGCAUUUUGAUAAUUUUUACAGUUAUUUAAAACUGGGCUUUAUUUCAUGUAAUUUUAACAAAAUUUUUGCAUUAUCUCUGAAGGUGUACAAAUCUCAGAUUUAAUUAAAAAAAUAAUAAAAUUAAUUGUAUUUUUAAAUGUAUAAUAUUUGUUGUGUGUUUGUAUAUUAUAUAUACAUCCCUUCUUCCCAAAUACUAUGUAUUGCCUUUAUGUGUUUACUAUAAUAUUUGUAUUUUUUAAUAGAUUCAACAAAAUCAUACAUUUAUGGUAGUAAAAAUCAAGUUUAGCAAAAAGGUGCAAUUCAUGAUCUUGAAUGAAGCAAGUAGUAAUAAUUUGAUAUCUAGCAUAUCUUAUUUGUUUAAAGUAUUUAUAGAUUUUAAUUAAUAGAUUCUUGAUAAAGCUCUCCUGAGCCCCUUGCUUUGAGAUUUCUUUUAGAUUUGUUGCAGAUGCCAUAUUUUUUUCAAAACACGUCUGUUUUUAAAUACAUUUGGCAAAAAUUUUUCUUUCUGCUUUCUUCACAAAUAUUUUUAUCUCAUCAGUGGCAUAAUGUACAAGACAUUUAAACAUGGGGUAAUUGGGUAAAGUCCUGAAUGAAGGGAUCUAUCUUUGGCAGAUAGCCCUAAAGAGCUUUGCUAUAAUCAAAUUUGCUAUAAUCCAGUGUAUUUCUGAUCAACUAACUUCUAAUGUCAUUUUUCACUUUCUAGGAUUUUGUAUUCUCUUGAUUGGACUAAAGAUUAUAUUCUCUUGAAUGAAAGGAUGCUAUGUCAUUUUAAUUCCAUUUUUUUUUAAAGCAGGCUUUAUUUUUUUUUUUUUUUUAGCAUUAAGCAUUUUUAAUUUCUGUAUUUCCAUCAGUAUUACAUUUUUCAGAUACAUGAAGUUCAAAUAUUUUAGAUCUGACUUUGUUUUUAUUGCCUACAGGUUUCCCUUUUAUUUUGAAAGUUUUAUAUAGUUUUAUUUAUAAAAUAAUCUGGUUUUUAUGGGGGUUGUAAUUUUAGUGUAAUAUGUAAAACAUUAUUGAACUAUUUUUCUUCUUCUUCCGCUAUGCCACAUCUGCUAAUAUUCAGAUAUUUUUAUUAAAAAGGUAUUGCUUUCUUCUUCAGCUUAUACAUCUGAGCUCAUACAUUUUCCAUUGUAUUGAAACUUAUUAGAUAUCUCAGCUUUUAAAUAUUUAUGGGAAUGUACAUUAGAAACAACAUUAUAGGCUAAUUUUUUUUUAUAUGUAUUACUAGAUCAACUGUGAGCAGAUUUUUUUUUUUUUUUUUUAAAUGUGAUCUGUUUUAGUACUCAAUAUUUUUUUAUUUUGUCAGUAUUUUCUUCUCUUUCAUCUUCUACUAAAAAUUAUAUUUCCUUGGCAGAAAUAGCAUUUUAUCUUUCAGUGCUCAUCUACUUUCAUAUUGUUUAAAUAUUAUCAGUAAGAAUUGUUAAAAAUAAUUUGUUUCAAUUAUAUUCAAUACUUCUUAGUUUUGAUUUCUUUGUACUGAAAAUGAUCUUGUACUUUAUGAAGCUUAUAAUAAAGUAUUGCAAUAACAGUAUAAUGUAAGUAUGACUGCAAAAUCAAGAUAUACAUCAAGACUUCAUUCUUCCAAAAGUUGACAAAUGAUCUAACAAAAAAAUAUUAACAAAAAUCUUUCCAACUUUAAAAUUAUUUUUCAAUGUCACUUCUUAAGACCAUGAUAAUAAUAAUAAUAAUAAGACAUGUUUCCUUGAUAAUAAGGUGAGAAAACUUGGUCUUACAGAAGACUUAAUCUAAAAGAAUAGGAAACAUAGAAUUUUAUAUUGUUAUAUCCCAAUAAUUUCCAAUGAGAACUUUGUUUGAAGAAUACUAAAUUAUAUUAAACAUUUAAAAAUCAUAUUAGCCAUGUGCAUUAUUCUGGCAGGACCAGAUUAAGUGUUUGUAAAAGUUUGAAAUCUUUAUUUUGUUGGUUUGCUGUAUAUAAAUUAUUAAAAAAGAAAAAAAAAAAAAGUCCUGUAUUUUAAAUAAUAUAAUAUAGUGUUGUAAUCCCAGUCAAUCUGCCAGCUUCUACACUGAGCUUUGUAUUUAUAUGUAUUAAAAUGAUACUGUUAAAAAUAAUGUAAGUGUAAUGGUAACAAAAUGUAUUUUAUUCAAUAAUGAGCUUUUUAUUUUUUUUUUAUUUGAACUCUUGUAUGUAUUAUGGUAUAUUUUUCUCAAUUGUUAUACAGGGUAAAGUUUUAUAUAUGUGUAUGUAUGUAGGGGACCAUGUAUUGGUUGGUAAUAGAAGGUUAGUUAUUAUUGGUGCUAGCAAUGCAUUUUCUUUCUAUAACAUUACAAAUAUUAAGAUUGAAAUGUGUUAUAGAUGUAUAUUUAACUACACUCCAACUAUCUUAUAUAAUUUAUUUUAUCCAAGUGUUCUUUUCUCUUAUAUAAAUUUAUUGAAUUAAUUUGUCCUUUGGUUAAAAAUGAAAACUGUUCGAUUGAAAGUCUAUUUGAACUUGUAAAAUUCUAUUGCCUGUAGCUUAAAAAGUGGAACAGUAUUUUCAACAUAUUACAUUAGCUCGUUGGUGUUUGAUUUUAAUCAAUAGGGCAGAAAUUCUUUUUCAAAAAUGUGUAGUUCUGAAAUUAUGGAGCUUGUGUGUCUCAUUUGUCUUUGCAUCUGCAUUGUAAUGCAGUUAAAAUGUAUGUUGUGGUAAUUAUUAACUUUGUAUGGUGAGUAAUGUAUUAAUAUUUUGUCAACUUUUUAUGAACUUUUCCCAGGUGCAGAUAUUAAGUGCACAUUUUGUAUUAUUGUAUUGUAACAUUUUUUGUUAUGUUGCUUUAUGUAUUAAAUAGCAAAAUGUAACUGAGUUAAGACUCUUAAUAAAAGAAUCAUUUGGAAGUC